AUGGCAGAAUCAAAGGCUUCGGUAACAUUGUCUUCGAAACCACAUGAAGCUCCACGAUCAGACGGUCAAAAUGAGUCGACUUUCCUACGUCGGAUCGGAAGGUGGACAACGGCGAACCUGUCCGGUUGGAAAAUGGGUAUCGUCAUAGCCGCAUCGACAACUACCAUUGCCCUGAUCGCGAAUAUCGGAUUUACUCUCUGGGGUGUUACGCACUCAGAGCCACCCAUGGCCGGAGGCAUCGGGACACUGAUAGAUGGCUCAUGCGACAAAGUCAGGAGAUACAGCUUGUGGCUCCAUCUUGGAAUCAACGCACUUAGCACGCUGAUGCUGAGUGGAAGCAACUAUACACAGCAAUGUCUGGCGGCGCCGACCAGGCAUGAAGUGGAUGUCGCACACAGUAAACGAAAAUGGCUGAACAUCGGCGUGCUUGCUGCGAAUGCUUGA